AUGGCACGAUUGGUUUUGCGUGGCUCGUCACUUCUCGGCCGCUGCCUUCACGUCUCAAGCAGAAGACGCCUAUUCUCGACGCCAGCUACAGCCACAGCAUUUCCCGAAGCCUACACCGUGCCACCUCCUCAACCGAAAUGGCGGUCAGGCCAACUUUCACAGACUCAAGUCAAUGAAUACUUCAGUGAGGGAUUUCUACAAACUCCGAAUUUCUUGACCAAGGAAGAACUGGAGCCUGUAAAAGAUGCCGUUGAGGAGUUGGUGGAUAGACUCGCAGAAAAGCUCUACGCAGGAGGAAAAAUAAAAGACAAAUGCACAAGUGCCGGGUUGUUCGAACGCCUCACGUUGUUGGACGCACAAUUUCCUGGCGGAUCCGUGCUCAUGCACAAACUUGGCGUUCUACCCAAAGCAUUUCAAAGCCUUUGGACAAACAAACGACUCCUUAAUGUCGUCGAGCAGUUUAUUGGUCCAGACAUUGCUGGACACCCUGUAUGGAACCUUCGAUGCAAGACUCCCGACAAUGAGGAGGCCACGGUUCCAUGGCACCAAGACAAUGCCUAUCUGGAUGAAAGCUGUCUCAACACACUGCAAGUCACUGCUUGGAUACCUCUGCUCGACACAAACACAACAAAUGGGUGCAUGCAGGUCGUGCGUCGUGGUCACAGACAAGGUAAACUAGCAACACACACCUGCUGUGCAGGAGGUACUUGGUAUGUCGACCUCGACAUCAAAGAAAUGGAAAAAACUCUCAACGUCAACUACCAAAAAGACGUUGUCACUUGUGAAGUGCCUCUGGGUGGUAUCCUGUGGAUGAACAAUGCCAUUCCACAUCGGAGCCUUGAGAACUGGUCCAAUCAAGUACGAUGGAGUCUCGACUUGCGCUGGCAAGAUCCCAACAAACCCAACGGAUUCCACGGAUUGAAGGAUUGCAUCGUGAUGCGUAAAGCAUCAGACAUCAACUAUAAACCCGACUGGAGCAAGUUUGCUUCUGAAGACCGUCAAAGAAUGCACGUGGAACGACUAGUGAAGGAAGGAAAACUCUCUCAAGAGGCCCUAGAUGACGAACUGAACACAGAAAUAACCGGGCCGUGGAUGGAUCGCUGGGAGAUAACACACCACAACAGGCACACAGCUGCAUCAGCCCAUCAGCCGGUCUCGUUCUUGAGAGAUUGCAUCGUGAUGCGUAAAGCAUCAGACAUCAACUAUAAACCCGACUGGAGCAAGUUUGCUGCCGAAGACCGUCAAAGAAUGCAUGAGGAACGACUAGUGAAGGAAGGAAAACUCUCUCAAGAGGCCCUAGAUGAUGAACUGAACACAGAAAUAACCGGGCCGUAUAUGGAUCGCUGGGAGAUAACACACCACAACAGACACACAGCUGCAUUAGCCCGUCAGCCGGUCUCAUUCUCGAGGUAAAGUUGCAUACGACUCUUAAUAAGAAAAAUUGAACAACAAAAUCCCCCGUAUGUGCAAACCGCCUAGCAACCAUAUAUUGCCAUGAUCAGUGAACCUUUUCAUAUUACCUUGUUUCCAUAGCAAAAUUUUAAAAAAUUUAUUACAUAUAAUAACUAUAAAGUACAAAGGCAAAGAUAUCACUAUAACUAUUACAUGGCACAUACUGUGAUCAAUCUAUUCGUUGAAUAUCCUGUAAGGCACAUGCAAAAGCACAAAAACAUGUACUCAGUCGUUGUGCUUCUGUUAGCAGUACAGUACCAGGGCAGAUCACGCGAGGAGGUUCUUUGUUAUCUGUUCCAAUGUAUUGACUUUGACGGCCCUAACCAGCUGUGCCUUGAGUUGCUGCCGUUGCUCUACAUGCACGCUGUAUGUGACCGCUAGUGGCACUGGAUCUGUGUUUUUUACUACUUC